AGCGGUCUCAAAGUCGUCGUAGGUUCAGCAUCAGUCGUAAGUACCUUUCGUCAACUUUUUCUAGUUCCACUGACGAGCCGUUUGUUCCUUUAUUUGCGACAUAUUUUUUCCAUUUUCCCUAUUUCCACUUUUCCGUUGCCUCUAACCACUUUGCUAUCUCCUAGCACCCCACCCCGUCGUAGAUGUGCAAGCCUAAUCAAGAAUUGAAAAUGGCUGAUCCGCAGCAAGAGGUGGAUGAGCAAUCUCCUAGUACGGACAGCACAGAAGUGGACCUGGAGCAGGGGGAGCAGGUCGUCAAUGUUGACUCCUUAAUGGAAUACGUCAAUGAAAUGCUCGAAGGCGGACGUCAAUUGGUACUCAUUUACCCCUUGAUGUUUUUUCGCGGCUGAAAACCAACUAAAAACUACAAGUACUUCUGCUGCUCCCUGGUGAUGUUUUUAUCUUCUUUUGAUUCUGGCUGAUGUCUUUGGGGACACAUUCAUCACCGUCACCCUCACUACCCAGCAACAUGAAUGAUAUGCCAUGAAAACGUGACCGCUUUCUUAACAAACCUCACCACAGUAUACCGCUGCGGAUUACAAGACCGCGGAACAAGUGUACAAUCAGGGACUGGAUGCGAUUUCCCAGUGCGAGGGGCUCCCCAUGGCGACCGACGACGUUCCACGUGUGGUCAUGGCGAAAUCCUUGCUGUUGUCCUUCAAAGCAGAAAUCUACAUGAAGCAAGAGCUGUACAGAUUUUUUUACUUCAAAUGACCUCGGAUAAACAAGUUCGGCGCCGUAGUGGUGGUCCUGUGUGACCAAGUGUGAAAAAUCAGCAUGCGUAGACUAUGUCCUUUGAUGACGAGUACGAGUAGAAGUAGGGCUCUUCUGAAGCGCGCUCCCGCGGCGAGCUGCUCCAGCAAGAUUUUAUGUUUCCCUUUCCACGACCGCGUCCUGCUGCCAUUUCAUUAUCAGGUAUCGACGCGCACUCCCGCAUUGCGACGAAGCUGCGAAGGUGGACCCGAACAACGGCACAGCCUUCGUUUGGCGUGCUCUGGUCCACCAAAAAGUCAAGGACUUCACCAAAGCGCUGGAGAACCUGCAGUGGAUUCUCAGGCCAGAGAUGAUCCACCGAAAUCGUGCUGCGUUAUGCGAGUUUUUCGCCUCCGAACUCUGCCCCAAAGCAGAAAUGACGGAGAGGCUCACCGACACGUCCGAGCCUCCCUCGCCGACGGAUGAACCCGAACAAGCUGCGGCCUCGACAACGGACGCUGCGGCCUCGACGGGUGACAAGGCGGUUUCUGAUGAACAGCAGGAUCAACAGCAGGCCAGCAACGGUAGGACCGGAACAGCUGCGAGCGCCACUGCGGCAGCAGCAGACGAAAAGAAGAAAAAGGAAGCAGAGGAAGAAAAGGAGCGGCGAGAAUUCUACAAAUCCUUGCAGCAAUUGACGCAGGAGGAGCGAACCCGCGUUGCGACGUGUCUUCGAACGAAGAGGGCCGCGAAAGUGGCGGAGGGCCAGGAACAGCAAGCGGAUGAGGAAAAUACGAGUAUGCUUCGCGUAUGGGCAAGCUACUUGCUUCGAAAAAAGCAGGCACACGACAGCACUUUCGAGGAACGAGUGGAGAACGCACAGUUCGCCGGCCUCAAGGAGCUCAAGGAACAGUACUUCUGCUUAGGCAUCUUUUUGUGACAUAAGAAUGCAGACAGGAAUGAUCAUAACAUUGAAACUACUUCCCGAGUUGUUUCGGUGGAAAAAGCUUAGAUAAAUACUCCUCGUAAUUGCAUCUGCAUGUGCAAGUGCAUUGCAAAAACUUAUAACUCUUUCAGGUUUGAAGAAGUCGUCGAGCGAACGGGUUUGAAACGCAACGAAAAACUCGCCGAAGAGCUGGCUGACUACAUCCAGCAGCAGGGAUCCGGAGGCAAGCUCUCUGCCGCCUCCUUGGCCGCCAUCUACUCGAUUGACGAAGACGAUGCGCACGUAUUGCUCCAGUGGAUCCAAACCCAGACGAAGAUUCAUUCGAUGCUUGGGUAAAGGCAAAAAGUGGCUGCCAGUUGUGACAACAGCAUGAAGAUUCGCGUUAACUAAGGGAUAAAGUGUUAUUGAACUACACUAUUGCGACCUAGUUCCCCUGGAAAUGCAACGGCACUAUGCAGAGGCUGCACUGCGCACAUGUCAGUCAUCAUAGUGAAGGCGGGAAGCACUUUUCUGUUCGAUAACGCGCCGCUCAGCGCUUCGAGGAAAAACUCGAGAUAUCAUGUAGGCACAAAAGUAGAAAGCCACGACACUGCGAGGCGGCGCAGCCUGCAGUUUAGAAUUUCCAAAUGCAUUCGACUCUUCAGUGCAGAAGUUGUCAUUCUGUCUCUUUCUUCGAGUAGUUUCCACAGUGACGCACGAUGUGUUUCCUUUGAAACAGCGCAUCACCAUGAUCGACAUAGUUUUAAAUAUGAUUGACGGCACAACACAAACCACUUGAAUCAUCAUGCUAGUGAACAAAAUAAACGAGAGCGACAUAGUAAAGUGAUGCAAGUGUC